AGCCAGCGCAGCCGCAGUCGUCCCGCGGACCUCGAUCGAGCCGGUCGUGUACCUUGUUCCUGGUCUACUGAUUCGAUUCGCGAAGCGUCGUCCAGUCCAUUCCGAACCGCCGGUCGGGAUGGUUCUUUCCCUCCGUUUUUCUACACGAACGCAACGCGCCAAUUGUUUCCUUCUAUCGUGCGCGUAAAUCGUCAUUGCCAUUGUUGAUCGUCCUUCGGCAAACUGCUUAGAGAAAGAGUGAAGGGCGCAUCGUGAACCGAAUCGUCAUGGAUCGAUCGUCGAAAAUGAUUUUACGGAAGAUCAUCAUCGAUUUCGUCUGCCUGCUGAUCGUGGGUUUAGCGGUGCUGUUAUUCUUCCUGUUUGCCAAACCGUACAAACGCGGAUUCUUCUGCAAUGACGAGUCCCUCUCUCACCCGUUUCACUCGUCGACGGUAACCAGCACGAUGCUCUACGUCAUUGGCCUUUUCCUACCAAUAUGCACGAUGAUAGCAUGCGAGUAUUUGUACACGAGGCAUUCUAACGCGGAUUCGUCCAAGAUUUUAUUUGGUUACAACAUACCCACGUGGAUGUGGGGCGCCUAUGAAAAGAUCGGUAUUUUCGGUUUCGGAGCAGCGACCUGCGUUUUGAUCACCGACAUCGCCAAAUACACGAUCGGCCGGCUGAGGCCUCAUUUCAUGACUCUUUGUGUGCCUAACGUGAAUUGCAGCUUGAUCGAAAAUCAGCACAGAUACAUCGAGAACUACUCGUGCACGGAGAACAUCUCCGCCAGGCUUCUAAAGGAGAUCAGAUUAUCCUUCCCCUCGGGACACUCGUCGUUCUCGGCUUACACAAUGAUUUACCUUGCGAUGUACUUACAGUUGAGGAUGACGUGGAAGGGUAGUAGAUUGUUGAAACAUUUCCUGCAGCUCAUGUGCCUGAGCAUGGCAUGGUUCACGGCGUUGUCGCGCGUGUCCGACUACAAACAUCACUGGAGCGACGUUUUGGCCGGUUCUACCCUCGGUACCAUCGUGGCUCUAGUCGUGGCGAACUGCGUGGCGGAUCUGUUCAAGCAGCGGAGCCACUGCUUGAUGGACGAGAAGCACCGCGCAGCGGAUUACGAGACGGGGGGCGGCACACAGGCCGUGACUGUCUUCUAGUUGCCUCUGGGAAGCUAAAGCCCGGUCGCAGGGAACAAAAACGCUCACGCCGGCCUGCGCCGCCUGGGAUCCGAGAAACGAAAACAAUCUCGCGCUGUCUAGACCUGGCUGUCGCGAAUCUUUUCGUUCGACAGCGAAACAUGACUGCCUUACACGCUGGGGACCGCUCAUCGCCUACCGCGGCGACUCUUCGUCAUCAUCGUCAGCUGAUUCCAUGCUAAUUAGACUUGUCGAAAGUUUUACAAUCGAGCACGGUGCCUCGCGACGCUUUUUUUGUCCCUACCGAGUUGUCCCGUGGUCAGUUCUACUUAUUUAACACUAGAACUAUCUUUGAAGGAUUCGAAAAGGGGAACAAGCAUUGGCCCAAAUUUUUAUUCAACGUUUCAAUUUAGAUAGAUCUAGUGUUAAAUUGUCUGGUGGAAGAGCUUUGUUUGUAGCGAAGAGCAUACGAAUCGUUGUCUCGUUUCAGCUUUGCUGUCAGGUCGUUUUAUGUCGAUCCUUUAUUUCGUCCAAAUUGUCCGUUCCUCGACGGACCUUCGUUAUUCUACGUCUCGCUACGAGAGACGUUCAUUUCUUUUUCUAUGUUUUCACUCUUAGCGAAUUGUACGAUAAGUAGGCGAAACGAUGAGGUGGAAUUAUCAGGCUGAGGAUUCCGCGAGAUUUCAAUCGCAGUUUAUAUUGUACAGCAUCGGAAAAUUCUACUUAAACUUCUUUUUUCUAUCUAAUUUUUUUUUUUUAAUAAAGGAACCGCAGCCUGGUUCAUGGUUUCACCGAAGAUGUAUUUAUUUCUUGUUGAGCGUUAUUUAUUUAUAGGGAGAUGCGUGAGCGACGACCGUUUCGCAGCGUCAAACGCAUGGUUCGUUGCUUACGCGAGAAAAAAUAAAACUAUAUUUUCUAAUCAGCGAGAAGGGGAAUGGAACGCGUGGUGUACAUUCAUUUUUAUUCUUGUACUAUACUUUAUAUAGGUAUUGUUGAUAUUUGGUGCUCUUACAAAGUCGUUUAACUUAAAAGAAAAACUAUUGCACGUACAUAUACGCGUGUAUGUACGAUAAGAAUUGAAGCAGAAUAUUUUUUAUUUUUUUUGUUCUAUUGGAAUCAUGAAAAGGGAAAACGUUGACAAGGAAACGCAGAUAAAAAAAAUGUCUCUCAGUAUUCACAGUUUUAUUUUACUUUACUUAUUAUAAUACAUUACAGACUGUGGGUUUUUGUGAACCUCCGUUACUGCAUCACAUAAGAAAAAAAAGGAAUGUUAGCUUCGUUCAUAAAAAUUCACAGUUACUAAAAAUAUUAUUCGUUGCUUGCCGGACGAAUAUGCGUAUGACACGUAUUCUUAUAUAGGUUUAUCGUUAAUUAUUAUAAUAUAAACGAUUCGGGCGCGUAUAUGAUUGAAAUGUGAUUUACGAGUAAUAAUCUUGCACAAUAUUACGUAAUAAGGGUUCGUUUAAGAAAGAAAAGGAAUAAGUAGUUAUCUAGCGGCAUUUCGAGUUUCGCGUUAACAGAUUCGUAACGCAAUAAUGAGUUCACGAGCACGUUUGAAGUAUUAAAAGGUGAUUAUUUAAACAACUGGAAAUGGAAGUAAAAUUAGAGAGGGAAAGAAUCAGUUUCAAGAAUUAGCAGCUGUAUAAUCCUGUUGACACCGUAGGUUUACUAUUUCGAAAUGUAUACAGUUCUAAAGUAAUGAAAAAGGGUAUAGAUUCUUAUAUACAAUAGAUAAUAAAUAUUUACCGGACAUAUCUGUCCUACCCGCGUUCAUUUUCUAUUGAAACUUUUUACGAUUCGAGUAUCGUAUAAAAAUGAUUUGAAAUCACACCUCCGAUAGUUCGUAGGUAGUUGACGACGCCUACCACAGGCAUUGCGAAUUCAUACUCGUGUAUGUAUGGUGCUUUGUACUAUUCUGCAUAUAUUACGCAGCCAUUCAAAGAGAUCUCUUUACAUUAUACUUCCAUGGUUAUUUUGAUCCUGUGCAAUGCGAUUGGGACAAACGAUGAUAGACGUAUACGAAUAUCUGUUCAGCAUGUAUAACGAUUUUAUGACUACUAUUGAUGAUCAGAUUGUAUGAGAGUUGUUGGAAGUAAUGUAAGGAGAUUCUUCGUUCGAUUGACUGGGCGUAGAACUACGUUCAACUGUACGGCAGAGCUGUAUCAUCAACUGGAAGUAUUGUGUACCUGUACACUGUUAUAGUCAGACUACGAAUGCUCACGUAAAUGACAUUAAAACUGAGAAGGAACUUACUUUUCGCUUAUAAUACUGUAAAUUAAUUUGUUAUAUUUGAAGUGGCCUAUUUAUUUUUGCUAUGUAUAAAUUCUUGGUGUAAGUAUUCGUAUUCUGAUUAUAGUAGACAAAACUGUGUACGUUUAUAUGUUAAGAUAGAAAUGUUUAUUUAUUUUAUAAAUGAUAUAUAAUAUCCGAUUCGUUAAUGGGAAAAGGGUGUCUGAAAGAGACCAAUAAGUGAUAUAUUACUUCACUCAUCUACUUAAUGUAGGGUGCAGUCGUAUUAAUAGUAUAACCGAACAGCCAACGUGAAAUCAUUUAAUUAUUGAUAUACGUGAAAGAAAUUAAUAAUCCUUUUUGAAAAUUUGUUAAUAUUCGGUUGUAGUAUUAAUGCAACUUCACCGAUUUCACUUUGCGCCUAUCGUGAAAGUAUAAAAAAGGAUUGUUGAAAACAAUCGCAGAGAGAACGCAGUACGCUCAUUUAUUUUUAUCUUCGAUCGAGUAAAAAAUCUUGUGACUUCCCAAGAUUCUUUACGAAUUAUACAUUCCCAGUCUAAUAAUAAAUUCUAUACUCUUUCGAUCCCGUUUAGACGCGAAUGUUUAUGCACUUUUAUAGCUGAAGAAAUAUCUGUUAUCAUUGGAACGGUUAAUCAGUGGACGGAUUUCCUUCUACUCGAAAAGAAUGAAUAAAAAUGAAAGUACUUAUCGAGAUGUUAAAAACACUUUUGUAUAAAAUAUACUUCGUAAUGUUCGAGGGUGAGAGUAGAUUUUUAUAUUUCGUUCUUGCGGGCACGAAUCAGCGUAAACAUUCGCCAAUACAUUUUUCCUUUUUUUUUUUACACAGAGCUGAGCUCUCGAAAACUUAUCUCGGAAUUGAAAUGCAAAUCAUUCUUCGUAUCGUCCUGUUUAGAACGUGCUAUUACAAUAAUCGAUAAUACCUAAAAUAGCGGAACCAUUCUUCGUUGUUCGCACGAAGGUUUUAACUUUAUGAUCAUACGUUUAACUAUAAGCGAAACACAUGUGUAAUUAUUAAUGUUUUAUCGACCGCUAAUCUUGUUCCUUGGACACUAUCCGGCAACUUCAAUUUACAUAUAUAUACUAUGUAUACAAUUUAUAUUUUAUCCGCAGAACAUUUUAACUACAAAUCAGUUUUUAAAACAUGUAAACACGAUUCCAGUUUACUAUGAGAAUAAAAUCCUUUUAAUUCACAAGAAUA